UUUCUCCAACUUCAUGGAAGCUCUCGAGUAUCACGCUACUCUCUCUCCCCUUCUCUUCCUCUCUUCUGUACAUUAUACAUCUUUUGCAUCUCGCCAUUACUAAUUAACAUCUCAUCUGUUGAACAACAAAAUCUGCCCCUCUUUCCAACUCUUUUCGCUUAACUGAAACAAAACCCUCAAGAAUCUAUCUACCAAUGGCGGAAGAAGACGGAGCAGUCACCGUCUACAGCGGCACCGCUAUUACCGAUCCCAAGAAGAAUCUAUUCUCUAUCAAGGUUGCCAUGGCUCAGAUGCUCCGUGGCGGCGCCAUUCUCGAAAUCACCACCCUCGAUCAAGCUAAGAUCGCGGAAUCUGCCGGAGCUUGUUCCGUGCUUAUAUCAGAUCCACCUCGUCGGGGCAUUUCCCGCAUGUCGGAUCCGUCUUUCAUCAAAGAAAUAAAGCGCGCUCUUUCCAUCCCCGUCAUUUCUCGAGCCCGUGUUGGCCAUUUUGUUGAGGCUCAAAUAUUGGAGAGCAUCGGAAUCGAUCACAUCGAUGAGAGUGAAGUGCUUGCUAUCGCUGACGAGGAUAACUUCAUCAACAAGCAUAAUUUCAGGUGCCCUUUUAUUUCUGGCUGUCGAAAUCUUGGUGAUGCUUUGAGGAGAGUGAGAGAAGGAGCUGCCAUGAUUAGGAUACAAGGGGACCUGUUGGGGACUGGUAACAUUGCAGAAACUGUGAAGAAUGUGAGGUCGCUCAUGGGGGAUAUAAGGAUUUUGAAUAACAUGGAUGAAGAUGAAGUGUUUGCGUUCUCGAAGAAAAUAGCAGCGCCUUAUGAUUUAGUAGCUCAAGCCAAGCAAAUGGGCAGGCUGCCUGUGGUUCAGUUCGCUUCGGGAGGGAUUGUGACGCCGGCGGAUGGGGCGUUGAUGAUGCAGCUGGGAUGUGAUGGGGUGUUUGUGGGUGCAGAGGUGUUUAAUUGCCCUGAUCCGUACAAGCGUGUUCAAGGCAUCGUGCAGGCUGUCAGGCAUUACAAUGAUCCUCAUGUAUUAGUGGAGAUGAGUUCUGGGUUAGAGAACGCCAUGGCCGGGCUUAACCUGAGCGAACAAUUUCCUCUGUAAACUGUUGUUGAGCACGUUAGUGUUUCCCUUUUUUUCUUUUUUGAGGUAAACUUAGAGGAUGAUAUACAUGGGUCUAUCUUGUUGUUUGUUGCAGUCCUUUUGGUAUCAGUCUGAUCUGUAUGUUGAUUGUGGAAAUAGAAGUGAUUUCUCAAUAAAUUUACCUCAAUAGUAUGUUGAAUGUGUACUGAUGUGUCUGAAGAAAUUUAAAUGACUUAGUAUCCA